GCGCGUAGACCCCGAGGAUGUUGCUUUCCCAAUUUGGGGCCUUCUUUCGGAGGACCAACCUGGCGGUGUCGUCGAUCCUCGCCAAGCCCGAGUUCACCCUUGAGGAGCUCCUCGACGAGGAGAGCCUUGUGGACGAGGUUCGCCAGCAGGAUGGCGAGCUGGUCAAUUUUUUGAAGUUGCCCUCGACGCUCCGCGCCCUCCUCACCUAUGCGCUUGUACCGAACCCUGCUGCUGACGCUUCAGGAGAUGCUGCGACCGCAAGUGCUCCGUCUGCUGUCCAAGUUGCGGAAGAAUCCACGGACGCAGCCGCCACCACCGCCGACGACGGCGACGCCGACCCGACGACCGCCGAUGCCGAGCCGCAGGCGUCGCCGAACUCGCCCGCCGCCGCCGCCUCGUACGCCAAGUACGCCCGCGUCUCCGGCGCCGUCCUCGCCACCGCAGGCUGGCCGGUCUACGAGGCCUUUACCGAGGACCACUUGCAGCUGCUGUUCUCGGCGCUCCCGGAAAUUGUGGCCGGCGCCCUCGACGAGCGCUUCCCGGCGCCUGCCGACGAUGCCGCUGCUGCUACUCCUGACGACGCGCCGGCCGCCGCCGACGACGGGCCCGACGCUCUCGCCGACGGGCCCGACGCUCUCGCCGACGACGGAGCCGCCGACGGAGAUGCUGCCGCUGCCGCUGCCGCUUCUUCCGCUGCUGCCGACGCGCUUGCCAGCCCGACGUCCGACUCGAUGGACUCGAUGUCCGAGUCGGACGCUGCCGACGAGGCAGCAGACGAGAACGCCCGGGUCCGCGCCGACCGCUUUGGCGCCGUGUUCAACCUUGUCAUGCAGAACUGCGCGAGCGCGGCGUUUGCGGCCAUGAAGGCUCAGCCCGCGGUGUAUGCGCACCGGCACGGCGAGCUUGGCUGGCUCGCCGAGCAGAACCUGGUCGGCAAGAUUGUGGCCAAGUUUGACGCCAAGGCUGAGCCCGAGACGCAGGCUGUUGUCACCGCGACCUUUAUGUCGCUUAUCGACACGGUCGAGUCGCUGGAGAUUGCGGCGUCGUCCAUUGGGGCUUCCCUCACCGCCCCGCAGACGCUUUCGGCGCUGGUGACGUACGCCUCGACUCCCGAGACGCUUGCUUCGGGCUUUGACGCCCUCCUUCGAGUUCUUGCCCUUGCCGCCGACGCGCAGGUGAAGAAGCACAUGGCGCGCGGCGGCGGCGGCGACGACGUCGGCGUCGUUGGCGCCCAUGGCUACCCGUUCCCGCCGGGCGUGUUUGCCUCGCUCGCCGCGGCCUCGGCGCCGCCGAUGGACGACAUGGCGGGCGCCAUGGGUGGCAUGGUCGACUCGCCGGUCCCGGUCGAGAAGAAGCUCGGGACACAGUGGAAGACAUUGCGCGCAGCUUCGGCUCUCGGCGAGAUCGAGGAGCUUGUGGCCAUGGCUGUUCCGCUCGUCCCACUUCUUGUGGAGGACAUUCGCCGCGCCACCUCGACCUCGGAGCCGCUGGAGACUGCGUACUCGGCCACGCUCCCGCGCCGCGUCACCCUCGAGGCCAUGCACCGUAUCUCGGUCUUGGUCACCCUUGUCCAGAUCAACUCGCCCGCUAUCGAUCAGGCGCUUGUCGACCUUGACGUUGUCUCGCUCCUUCUCGACCUCUUUGUCGCCUCGCCCUCGAACAACGUCCUCCACACCGCCGUCACCAACUUUGUCCUCGGCAUCCUCCGCAAGUAUCCGGGCUCGUUCGCCCUCCCGGCCUCGGCCACCCACGCCGUCGACGUCGGCCGCAGUGGCGCCACCGUCGCCGACGCUACCGCUACGCUUGCGGCCGCUGAGGCCUACUCGGACGCCGCCGUCCCGGCCGUCGUCGCCGCCCUCCACGCUGCACUCGGGCCCGACGGCGCUGACCUGCCCGGCAAGCUUCUCGCCAAGUCGGCGGAGAACGCCGAGGCUGUCGCCUCACCCAAGGGCUUCCGCCUCCCCUCGAUGGGCCACGUGUGCAUUCUCGGCAACGCGCUCAACGCCUCGCCGUUCUUUGGCCCGCUCCUUGCCGACUCGGGCCCGUGGGCCGCCUUUGUCUCUGCAGAGCUCUCCACCUUUAACGAGCUCAACACCAAGCCCAUGGGCGCCGAGCUCACCGGCCCGCUGGCCUCGGACCCGCGCUACCACAUGGGCGGCUCCGACGGCUCGGGCGGCCCGGGUGACUUGGGCGGCAACGCAGGGAACGCCGGCUCGGGCGGAGGCUCAGGCGAGAUGCUCACCUCCAUCGAGGACCUGCAGAACAUCCUCUCGCAGCUCCUCGGGCCGGGCGCCGACCAGGCUCUCGCCGGCUUUGGCCAGGGCUCGGCCACCUUUGAUGAUGAUGACGACGACAUUGCCUUUGGCGCCGCCGUCGACGACGACGAUGGCGAGUACGACGACGGCAACCCGUUUGCCGACGGUGACUUUCAGUUUGGUCAGGUGAGCAUUCCUGACGAGUUUGACCCGGCCGAGGCCGUCGCUGACUCGGCUUCGACCGGCAUCGUCAUCCAGGACGGCGUCUCGCUCUCGGACGAAGACGAGGUCCCCUCCAGCGAACACGACAACUUUGUCGACGAUGACGCCGACGCCGCCGCCCUCCUCGAAGCCGACGACGAUGUCUCGGACGAUGACGACAAUGCCACGCCUGCUGCCGACGCCGACGCCGCGCCUGCCGCCAACGCCAGCGCUGAGGAUGCCGUGGCCGAUGGCGAGGCGUCACAGGCUUAG